AUGGCCCCUUCGGCUAUCUCGACCAGCCCGCCUCCCUCAACCAACGGCGCCUCAUCACUCGCCAGCUACCGCGGCUACGACUCCGUCCAUUGGUACGUCGGCAACGCCAAGCAGGCCGCCAGCUACUAUGUCACUCGCAUGGGCUUUAAGCGAGUCGCCUACCGCGGCCUCGAGACCGGCUGUCGCCACGCCUGCUCGCACGUCGUCCGCAACGGCGACAUUACCUUCAUCCUGACCUCGCCUCUGCGCUCGCAAAAUCAGCUGGACCGCUUCACGCCCGAAGAGCAAGAAGAGCUGCGUGACAUCCACGCUCAUCUGGAGCAGCACGGUGAUGCCGUCAAGGACGUUGCAUUUGAAGUUGAUGAUGUCGACGCAGUCUUCUCCGCUGCCAUCCGGAACGGAGCGAAGAUUGUGUCUCCGCCAAAGAUCCUCGAGGAUAAGCUUGGUCGGGUUAAGCUUGCUACUAUUCAGACUUAUGGCCAGACGACGCAUACGCUUAUUGAGCGGAAUGAGUACCGUGGUGCUUUCUUGCCUGGGUAUCGUUCUGAGGAUGGGGCUGAGGAUCCGGUUGCGAAGUUCCUGCCUGGUGUGCAUUUGAAGCGGAUUGAUCACUGCGUUGGGAAUCAGGAUUGGGAUGAGAUGGACAAGAUUUGCGAAUACUAUGAAAAGGCAUUGGGAUUCCACCGCUUCUGGUCCGUGGACGACAGCCAGAUCUGCACUGAAUUCUCUGCCCUGAAGAGUAUCGUUAUGGCCUCUCCCAACGAAAUCGUCAAAAUGCCCAUCAACGAGCCCGCCAAGGGCAAGAAGCAGUCCCAAAUCGAGGAGUAUGUCGACUUUUACAACGGAGCCGGCGUACAACACAUUGCCCUCAUGACCGACGAUAUCAUUCGGGACAUUACAAACCUGAAGGCCCGAGGCGUCGAGUUCAUCAAAGUUCCGGAGACAUACUACACCGACAUGAAGGCACGCCUAGCCAAGUCUAGCCUGGUACUGAAAGAGGACUUUGAGACUAUCAAGAGCUUGGAUAUUCUGAUUGACUUUGAUGAGGGUGGUUAUCUGCUUCAGCUAUUCACCAAGCAUCUUAUGGACCGUCCGACUGUUUUCAUCGAGAUUAUCCAGCGACACAACUUUGAGGGUUUCGGAGCCGGGAAUUUCAAGUCGCUCUUUGAAGCUAUUGAGCGCGAGCAGGAGCUUCGUGGUAACCUCAUCUGA